UAAAAAAAAUAGGAAAACUCUACUCUUGCACUUUCCUCAUAUUGUCUUAAUCACAUCUCUUUCUGAAUGAUAUGUUGAAACUGUACCCAUUUGUGCCUACCAAUUUCAUAAUAAAAUCUUUAGUUUUAUGGUUACGUUCACAAAGAAAUACUUUAGCUCAUACACGUAACAGUGAAGUCUGAUUAUGAUCGUAGAAAAUGAGAAACAAAUACCAUUCAAAUAUGGAAUUGUUCCCAGUGGGUCCUGGUCUUUGUGGAACAAAUAUGUGGUCAUAUAUACUAUAGGGGCUUCAACGAUUCUAAGUCAAGCUGUCUGACUAACCCAUACCAUGGGUUAUAAAAUAAUAGUAUGUUAGGCUUCAGAAUUCAUUCAUUAACAUUUUCUAUUAUUCAUCUCUCCAUGAUGACAUUGCGUCUGCGUGUUGACUCCAUCUCUCGUUUCUUCUGUUGUGUUUUUUCUUUGAGUUUCUUGGUUACUACUCUUGUCUCUCAACCAUUCCGUCGUCCCGACCAAGUUGAGACCCUUCUGGCUUUUAAGAACGAGUUUUCGAUCUGCAACAAUUCAACAACAAGCUCUUGGAGUGAAGACGCUGUCUCAUUUGAUGGGGUUGUCUUUGAUGACGAUACCGGUGCAGUGACGGAUCUACACCUUGGUGCUGCAUGUCUCAGUGGCAAUCUCAAGGCUAAUAGUAGCCUCUACAGAUUCCAACACCUCAGGUACCUUGAUCUCUCUUCCAACGAUUUUUCCUCCUCAUUUCCUGCCGAGUUUGGAAGACUCACAAGCUUAGAGGUCUUGGAUCUUCACCAUAAUCGCUUCACUGGAGAAGUCCCAUCCUCAAUAAGUAACCUAAGCCGCCUAACAUCUUUGGACCUUUCAGUUAACAAACUCACUGGUGGUUUUCCCCUUGUGCACAAUCUAACUAAACUUUCUUCUAUAAGCCUUUCCUAUAAUAACUUUUCCGGUACCGUUCCUUCUUAUCUAUUCACCAUGCCUCUGCUUUCAUCCCUUGAUCUUCGCCAAAACAAUUUUGGUGGCCCUCUUGAUAUUCCAAACUCAACAAUUAUGUUUGAGAGUUUAGUCCUUGGCAACAAUAUUUUUAGUGGUGGAAUCCUAGAGCCUAUCUCUAAUCUAGUCAACCUCAUAUAUCUUGACUUGUCUUUUCUCAAUAUAACCUUCCCAGUCAACUUCACUUUCUUGAAACUCCAAUCUCUGGAGAAUUUGGAUAUCUCCGGGAAUAGUGUGUCAAGGCUUAAUAUCAGUUCAGAGAAUGCCUUUCCGACAAUGCUGAUUGAACUGCACUUGUCUAGUUGCAACAUCCAUGAGUUCCCCAAAGUUUUGAAGACUCUACAAAACUUGCAACAUUUAGACAUCUCCAACAAUAGCCUCAAAGGAAAAGUGCCUGCAUGGUUAUGGAAUCUACCUUCUCUGACUUCAGUGAGACUCUCUCACAACUCCAUCAACGGGUUUGAAGGUUCACCAGAUGUGCUCCUUAGUUCCCCGCUUCUCGAGUUAGAUCUGAGUUCAAACGCCUUCCAUGGAGCAUUUCCUGUUAUCCCACGAAGCAUGGAGUUCAUUUCUGCUUCGAAUAAUCAUUUCAGCGGAGGCAUACCUCGUACACUUUGCGAUUCAAUAUUUCUAAACGUCCUUGAUCUAUCGAGCAACAGUUUUAGUGGUGCAGUUCCCGGAUGCUUGAGUGAAUCACUACAAGUCUUGAAUCUCAGUAACAACAAUCUCGCCGGAGAACUUCCCGACAUAUUCUAUGGAAGUGGCUCACUAACAACAGUUGAUGUUGGCCAUAAUCAAAUCAGUGGGGAGCUUCCAAGGUCUCUUAGACAAUGCACUGCACUAGAGAUUCUGGACGUGGAAAGCAAUCUUAUCGCUGACACCUUUCCUUUAUGGCUGAACGUUUUACCGGUUUUGAAAGUCAUUGUGCUAAGAUCAAACAGAUUCUAUGGUCCUAUAUCUUCUCCUGAUCAAGAUCAUCGGUCAUUUCCGCAGUUGCGGAUAAUUGACAUAUCUCAUAACAAAUUCACUGGAAGCUUGCCCCCAAAUUACUUUGUAAAUUGGAGUGCACCCUUGAUGAGUAUGCCUGAAGGAGAUCACUUCCCAAAGUACAUGGUACAUCUUGGGUACAAGCUACCAAAUUACUUUAUGAGGCCUGAAGGUGCACGCAGGAAUACUUACUUACUGGACAUUGGGUGGCCUUCGUAUUUUUCCAUGCAUCUGAGAAACAAAGGAUUAAACACGGAGUUCGAAAAGAUCCUAGAGACAUAUACAUUCAUUGACUUCUCUGGGAAUCGUCUUGGAGGGCAUAUUCCAAAAUCCAUAGGUCUCUUGAAGUCGUUGAUUGUGUUGGACUUGUCUAACAACAAUUUCACAGGCCAUAUUCCAUCUUCUUUGGCCAGCCUCACACAACUCGAGUCGUUGGACUUAUCUCGAAACCAACUUUCUGGAAUAAUUCCUCAAGAGCUAAGGGUCCUCACGUUCUUGGGGUAUAUUAAUAUGUCACAUAACAAACUCACUGGCCAAAUACCUCAGAGUCCACAGAUUGAAGGGCAAGCUAGAUCCUCCUUUGAAGGGAAUAUUGAUCUUUGUGGUCGUCCCCUUAAAGAGUCUUGCUCCGUGGAAAAUGAAGCACCAUCGCCGAAACUACCAAAGCAAGAACAUAUGUUGAACUGGAAAGCAGUGGCAAUAGGUUAUGGACCCGGAGUUUUGUUUGGAAUAGCAAUGGGACAUGUUAUUUAUUCAUACAAACCAGUGUUGUUCUUCAAAUUGUUUCGUUUAUGAUACGAUGCAUUUGCGUUCUGUUUGUUGAAAUAUAUGUAAGGAUCCUCGUUGUCGGUUCCCAUAUAUGUGUUAAUUAAGUAACCAUCUUGUGCUUCCUUUUGUUAUUUCUCUUUCUUUGUGCCACUCUUGAUUGAAGGAGUUUGUAGCUACUCUAUGAAUUAAUUCUUUGUGAGAUUUCAUAUA